GCGAUGGAGCAGCUGAAUCGCCUCACGCGCUCGCUCCGCCGCGCGCGCACCGUGGAGUUGCCCGAGGAUAAUGAAACUGCUGUUUAUACAUUAAUGCCAAUGGUUAUGGCUGAUCAACACAGGUCUGUUUCUGAAUUACUAUCAAAUUCAAAAUUUGAUGUCAAUUAUGCAUUUGGACGUGUGAAAAGAAGCUUGCUUCAUAUUGCAGCAAAUUGUGGAUCGGUGGAAUGCUUGGUCCUGCUGUUAAAGAAAGGAGCAAAUCCUAAUUAUCAAGAUAUUUCAGGCUGUACACCCCUUCAUUUGGCUGCUAGAAAUGGACAGAAGAAAUGCAUGAGUAAAUUAUUAGAAUACGGUGCUGAUGUCAACAUUUGUAAUAAUGAAGGCCUUACAGCAAUACACUGGCUGGCUGUGAAUGGGAGGACAGAAUUACUCCAUGACCUUGUGCAACACGUCAGUGAUGUUGAUGUUGAGGACGCAAUGGGGCAGACAGCACUGCAUGUGGCUUGCCAGAAUGGUCACAAAACGACUGUGCAGUGCUUGCUAGACAGUGGUGCUGAUAUUAACAGGCCAAAUGUGUCAGGAGCCACCCCGCUGUAUUUUGCUUGCAGUCACGGUCAGAGAGAUACAGCACAAAUUCUUCUAUUACGAGGAGCCAAAUAUUUGCCAGAUAAAAAUGGAGUAACUCCUUUGGAUUUAUGUGUACAGGGUGGAUAUGGAGAGACUUGUGAAGUGUUGAUUCAGUAUCACCCUAGGCUUUUCCAGACUAUUAUUCAAAUGACACAGAAUGAAGACCUCCGAGAAAACAUGUUACGACAAGUUCUGGAGCAUUUGUCUCAGCAAAGUGAAAGCCAGUAUCUAAAGAUUCUAACAAGCCUUGCUGAAGUUGCCACAACUAAUGGUCAUAAACUGUUGAGCCUGUCUAGCAAUUAUGAUGCACAAAUGAAGAGCCUUUUAAGGAUUGUAAGGAUAUUUUGUCACGUCUUUCGAAUUGGGCCUUCCUCCCCCAGUAAUGGCAUUGAUAUGGGCUACAAUGGAAAUAAAACUCCAAGAAGCCAGGUGUUCAAGCCUCUGGAAUUGCUUUGGCACUCAUUAGAUGAAUGGCUAGUUUUAAUAGCUACAGAAUUGAUGAAAAACAAAAAGGACUCAACGGAUAUCACUUCUAUUUUACUGAAACAAAAAGGCCAAGAUCAAGAUGCCACUUCCAUUCCACCAUUUGAACCUCCAGGACCUGGGAGCUAUGAACAUCUAUCAACUGGCACAGGAAAAUCCAAACCAGAUGCUCUUGCAGGGAAACAGGAAGCCAGUGCAGAUUGUCAGGAUGUUAUUUCUAUGACAGCCAACCGGCUAAGUGCUGUCAUUCAAGCUUUUUACAUGUGCUGCUCUUGUCAGAUGCCUCCAGGAAUGACUUCACCUCGUUUCAUUGAAUUUGUCUGCAAACAUGAUGAAGUUUUAAAAUGUUUUGUUAAUAGAAAUCCCAAAAUUAUAUUUGACCACUUUCAUUUUCUCCUUGAAUGCCCUGAAUUGAUGUCAAGAUUCAUGCAUAUCAUAAAAGCACAGCCAUUCAAAGAUCGUUGCGAAUGGUUCUAUGAACAUUUGCAUUCAGGACAACCUGAUUCAGAUAUGGUACACCGACCAGUGAAUGAAAAUGAUAUUCUGCUGGUUCAUAGAGAUUCUAUUUUUAGGAGUAGCUGUGAAGUUGUGUCAAAAGCAAAUUGUGCAAAGCUAAAGCAAGGGAUUGCUGUACGGUUCUAUGGAGAAGAAGGCAUGGGUCAAGGUGUUGUACGUGAGUGGUUUGAUAUUCUGUCAAAUGAGAUCGUCAAUCCUGAUUAUGCGUUGUUUACACAGUCAGCUGAUGGAACAACUUUCCAGCCUAAUAGCAACUCCUAUGUAAAUCCUGAUCACUUGAACUAUUUCCGGUUUGCUGGACAAAUCUUGGGAUUAGCUUUGAACCAUAGGCAGCUGGUCAAUAUUUAUUUCACACGAUCAUUCUACAAGCACAUUCUUGGUAUUCCUGUAAAUUAUCAAGAUGUGGCAUCCAUUGAUCCAGAAUAUGCCAAAAAUUUGCAAUGGAUUUUAGAUAAUGAUAUUAGUGAUCUGGGUCUAGAACUAACUUUUUCUGUUGAGACUGACGUAUUUGGAGCAAUGGAAGAAGUUCCUUUGAAACCUGGAGGUGGAGGUAUUCUUGUGACACAAAAUAACAAAGCGGAGUAUGUUCAGCUUGUUACUGAACUUCGAAUGACAAGAGCCAUUCAGCCUCAGAUCAAUGCUUUUUUACAAGGCUUUCAUAUGUUCAUUCCACCUUCUCUCAUACAGCUUUUUGAUGAAUAUGAAUUGGAGCUACUGCUUUCUGGCAUGCCAGAAAUUGAUGUGAGUGAUUGGAUAAAAAACACAGAAUACACAAGUGGCUAUGAAAGAGAAGACCCAGUUAUUCAGUGGUUCUGGGAAGUUGUAGAAGACAUUACUCAAGAAGAGAGAGUUCUUCUCUUGCAGUUUGUUACUGGCAGUUCCAGGGUCCCCCAUGGUGGUUUUGCUAAUAUCAUGGGUGGAAGUGGAUUGCAAAACUUUACAAUUGCUGCUGUGCCAUAUACUCCAAAUCUUUUACCAACUUCAAGCACCUGCAUCAACAUGCUCAAAUUACCUGAAUACCCAAGCAAAGAAAUACUAAAGGACAGACUCCUGGUGGCACUGCACUGUGGCAGCUAUGGUUACACAAUGGCAUAAUGAAACCUGAAAAACUCAUCUGACUGCUGAUGCACAAUUCAGAGUGGCAGAAGCAAUUUAGGAAACUGUCAACAGAAAAGUAGCCUAAAUGCAACCCAUAGGCAGAGCUGAUGUGUAAAAUUCAUAAAGAAUCAGGUUUUCUGUUUUUCUCUUUUUCCUUUUAUAUUCUGUGAUACAAUUAGAAAAUUAGAAAACUACCACAGAUAUUUUUUAAAACUGCUAAUUACAAAUAGUAUAAAGUGUCUUUUUUCAUGUUUCUUAAAUCUUAUUCAAGAUUGUGUUAAGGCAAAAUCUUAUUUUACAUUCUGCCUCUGUAUGCAGCUAUCUUGUUAAAAGUGUAUUUUUCUGUUUAUUUUCCUAUAUAUGAGGACAUCCAGCUGGUAUGUUCUACUGCAUGUAAAGUAUGAUUUAUAUUUGAAAAACAAUUGUAAAGAAUGAAUUAAUUUAGAUUGUGUAUAAAGCCAUAGAUAUGUAUUUUCCCACAUUGUAUUAUAUUGCAAUGAUUUUCUAGGUUUUUAGUACUUUAAUAUAUAAUGUAAAAUUUAGACUGAUGUGACUAAACAGCUGAUGAAAUGACAUGUAAUUUAUAUAUUAAAUCUUAUAUUAUAUGAAGUAGCAUCUUUCAGUGAUCAGUUUCCAUAUGUACAUGUUGUGUUUUUGCUUAUGCCUUAUUUCAACUUAAAAUUAAGGUAAAAUUUAAAUAUGAUACUUUUCCAUAUUUUUAUGACAUUCAUGUGUGAGUUCUGGUAACAUAUUUGAGGAAGUAAUCUGAUGUACAGAUAAUUUAAAUAUGUAAUGUUUUAUUUCUUAAAAUUGUUUUUUGUUAUUAAAAUGUUAUAUACAAAUGAUAAUGCAUAAUACAGAUCAUUGGGGCUUUAAAUUUUUGGGUGGUCUAAUGAGUUUUAUUGUUUGUUUUUGUUUUGAAAAGAUACCUUAGACAGUCACAGUACGAGUUUUAGAACACACAUUUGCCAGAGGUAGGAACACAUGUAGGAAUGCUACCAGAAGCAUUUGUAAUGUUUAGGACCUUGCUUCUGGAAACUAAUAGAAUCCCAUGUCAUUAUUGACAGAAUGAUAUAUGAAUAUUUUCGCAUAAGUGACAUUUAGUCGAGAGCUAUACAUUGAAAAUAACAGGAGCCAAAUGGUACAAAGUUUUUUCUUGGUUAUUUUGAGUCCUGUUCUGCUGCCUUUUUUAACAGAAUAUUAAGAAUAUAUUAACAGACAAUGGAAUUUCUUAAAAAUAUGUUUCUGAAAUUAAGAUUCAG